AGCAAUGAAUAAAAUAGCUAUUUGUUUAUUCUUUGAAGUGAGACAAAAGAAGUGAGAAAGAGCGGUUUAAAGUGUGAAAAAGGAUUUGGCUAAGCAAUAUUAACUUGAGUGUAUCUAGUUAGUUAACUUGAUUACUUGUCAUGAUGGUGUUAAUCAUGGCAAAUAUUAAUUAUUUAGUGAUUUUAAUUUGUUCAACCGUCUUUUUAUUGUCCUCGUUUGUAUCAUCUCAACAGAAAUCAAAAAAUGCUGGAGAUCCAAGGGAAUUUUAUAACUACGCUGUUUAUUUACGAACUCAUCAUCCGGAAUAUUAUGCCAAAAAUUAUUAUGGAAUUAUUGGUCACUAUAAUAAAUUGAUAAGUGCAACUGAAGCUAAACGUAAUCGAUCAUAUGGAGGAAUCUCAAAGAACAAUAGGAAAUUGAAACGGAACGGUCCAAGUGUGCCCAAUGGUCAACCCAGUCCCUCAGUUUCAACUACUCCGACAAUUAUAACAACACCAACUACAACAACUUCUGAUGCUACACAACCACUAACAACAUUAACAUCAACUACUGAAGCGAGAGCCACUAUCGAAGUUGCAAAUGUAUCUGUACCUCCUAAUGGGACAUCUCUGGUUGAGAAUUAGCGUCCAUGGAAACUUAAAAUCGGAAGUAAAAUUGUUUAAAGAUCCUCUAGGUCAUUGAAUAACACUGUGAGGCCAGAGGAAACUACUUUCGCAAGCGCUAUAAGUGAGAGUAAAGUUAAA